AUGGGCAACACCUCAAAACAGUACCAUGACUUUUGGAGCAAGUGGCGUGGUCAACAACCAAUGCAUCCUGUAUUCGAGCUGCAUGGGUCACACUUAGGACGAUGUGUGCCUAUUUGCAUACAUGCAGAUGAAGGUACCUCUCAAAAGAAACGAGGGAUGCUGGUUCUACAGACCCAAGUGUGCAUGGGGCAUGGGACAAGGAAGCGUAAAGCUGAUCAAGAUUCGCCUGGUGUCAAUUUUGUUGGCAAAUCACUUUGCACCCGAUUGGUUUACAGUGUCAUGAUGGUGCAUGUCUACAGUGGGAAGAAGGGCAAGAAGGAGGCCAACCCCAAGCCGCUUCUACGGCUUGUGGACCAUCUUGCCACUGAACUUCGCAUGCUCUUUGAGCAAGGGUUGGAUGUGCACUUUGAGGGAGCCCUUCAGAGGAUCUGGCUUGUCCCCAUCGCAUUCAAAGGCGAUUGGCCGGCGCUUGUGAAGAUCGGGCAGCUAAAUCGCCAUCAUCUUCGUGAUACCCCGACGAAAGAGGGUGGACAUGGUAUUUGUCACUUGUGUAAAGGUGGUAUGCCUUCAAAUGCUUGGCAUGAUGUUUCCUUCGGCAACAUGAACAAGAUGCGCUCUGAGUUACCGAUGCCAUGGCAGCGUGAGCCAGGCAUUGUGAGCAAUCUGGCUCUUGGGGACGCCUACAAGCAUCUGUUUUUUCGCAUUGACUUGUUUCACACAUGCCAUAAGGGGGUCAUGGCCGAUGCAGGGGCGAAUGCAUUGGCCUUGGUCGACUUUGUCUACGAAAAUGAGAGUGUUGAGAAGUGCCUUGAGCUUAUCUACAGCGAUCUGAAGGCAUUCUGUCGCGCUGAGUCGCUGCAGUUGCAUUUGCAAAGCCUCACGCGGACUAUCGUGGGCUAUGCGAAUUCCAGUGCAUUUCCUGCAGGGAACUGGUUCAAAGGAGCAGACACAGUGUCGAUCCUUGCUUACUUGGAACAAAGGCUUGCUGGAGAGAUUCCAGCACUGGAAGACAAAGUGCGUGAAUAUUUUGUGUCCAUGGCUGGCCUGCUUCAGAAUGCCAACUUGUUCAUGAGAACUGUAUACCAUGGAGCGCUUUGGCUGGACGAUCGUGAGCGUGACAUCCUAAUUCAAUCUGGGCGGGCUUUCAUGGCUGAGUUCAUGACGUGCGCGCGUCUUGCGUACUCUUUCGAUAUGUGCAGGUGGAAGUUGCAGCCAAAGUAUCAUAUGUUUGCUGAGCUUGUUUUUGAACUGGAAGUUCAGAAGCGUGCCGGAAUUACUUCCUUGUCGCCUCUUACCUUCAGCACGCAAAUGGACGAGGAUUUGGUCGGGCAAAUCUGCUCCAGGUCUCAGGUCGUUAGCAGCAGAACGGUUCAUGAGAGGACGCUGAACCGCUACCGGGUUGCGUUGUUCACUCAUUGGUAG